AUGGCUGAGGAAAGUUCCCCCUCCCCAUUAGAGCAGGACCUGGUUCUAGAACCAACUCAUCUCCUCAGUACAACCCAAUUACAGGACAUCAUUAAUCAAUCUGUCCAAGCAGCACUGACAUUAGCUGCCGCUUCCGGAUCAUCCCAAUCCACCCAUCCUCCUGUGACCGUACCCCUCGGCACAGAACCAACCACAAAGAAGGGAAAAUCUUCCUAUAAAAGGAAGAAUGUGGUGACGGUCUAUGACUCCCCGGCAGGGGAAGCUAAUAAUAUGCAACGAGCAGAUCCUUCCACGGACUGCCACCCCACGCAUCCUACAGAUCCCUUUCAACCUCUGAGCCUCAGAGAGUCAACAAAAAGGCACGGUUUAGCUAAAAGAGCCAAACCAGACUCAUACGUUUUAGAGUCGGACGAUGAUUCAUCCGCCGAGUCGGAUAAAUCAGAUGUCUCAGGAUCUGAUUACUAUGAGGAAGAGGAUGCGGGGGCUUCGGCAAUCCUCCCGGAUGCCAACCCUGACGAACAGGGCAAAGACGUGCUAGACGCCAUGGGGGAACCCCUAUUUAACCCAGACACUAUUUCCCAUCCUCGCUCUGGGGACUGGUCCCCUCUGCCCCACGUGUCCCAAUAUGUAGAACUCUGGGCACGCAAAACUUUAGAUAAAUCUAAUCGCAAUAAGCUUAGAGCGGAGUGCCCCCGCCCGCAUAUCCCCAUGAAGGCGGUUGUCACACCUACAGUGGACCCCAUUUUAAUGAAAUACCUGCUGAAAUCAGGCAAAAUGCCUAAGAAAGGAAUAGACCGAUCCUUUACAGGUAUCCAGGACCGCAUCCUGGACCUGUUCGGGCCUUUGACCAAAAUCCUGAACUUAGCGGAACAAUCCGCGACAACAGGCCAAGGGGUUGACCUAGCACAACUGCGCGGUUGGGCCCAAAGAGCCAUUUGCCUCACGGGCAAUGCCAACACCGCCUGUUCAGUUGAACGCAGGCGCUCUAUACUCAUGCGCCUCGACCCACAGCUAGCCCAUCUAGCGGAGUCCGAGCCGGGCCCCUCAGCAGGGGGCAUGCUUUUUGGCGAGUCCUUAAUAAAGGACAUUAAUAAAUUUGUCGAGUUUUUCCUCGGGCCGGCAGAUACAGGGGCCGCUCUGCCGGCCGAUACAAUUCGGGCAGACCUUUCCAGAGGUCUUCCGCUCAACCACACUAUACCCAGGCUCCCACCCACUAUACCACCACCGCGCAACCGGCACCAUUCUUCCCUCCCCGUGGGAGACCCUGGAGGGGACGCGGCCAGAGAGGAUACCCUCGUUCACGCCCGUAUUCCGGUGAGUACCACACCCAUUCCCUUUCCCCUCAUACCGGUGGGAGGUCGCCUAAUGUUUUUUACGCUCGCCUGGUCUGCGAUUACGGCAGACUCCUGGGUGCUGAAUACAGUAGCAGGUUUCCAAAUAGACCUUGUGUCCCCACCGACUCUGGGGGUAUCGCCACCCCCUAUCCAUUUUUCAGAAGAAAAUGUGACCCUCAUAGACUCCGAACUUCGGGAAUUGAUAGCCAAGCAUGCAGUCACCGAAGUCACCACCCCAUCCCCGGGUUUCUUCAGCAACCUCUUCCUAGUCAAGAAGAAGGGGGGGGGUUACCGCCCGGUCAUAAAUCUCCGGGACUUGAACCAACAUGUCGCCUAUCGACAUUUCAAAAUGGAAGGCAUCCACUGCCUCCGAGACCUACUCACCCCCGGAGACUGGUUAGUGAAGGUGGACCUAAAGGACGCCUACCUCACAGUCCCCAUGCACCCGGACUCCCAACAUCUCCUCCGUUUCAGAUGGUGGGGUCGCAUCUGGCAAUUUACGUGCCUACCGUUCGGCCUGUCCUCAGCCCCAUGGUGUUUCACCAAGCUGCUGAAACCGGUCGUGGCAGCGUUGAGGAGCAGGGGAGUGCGUCUGAUCAUUUAUCUAGACGACCUCCUCAUACUUACUCACUCCAAGACUAUGGCCUAUCGCCAUAUGAAUUGGACCAUCGACCUGUUACAAACCCUCGGCUUUAUUAUCAACCGAGAGAAAUCGGUUCUCGUCCCGGCUCAGGAGAUGGAAUUUCUGGGUUUCUCGAUAGACACCCACCUCGCCAUCCUUCGACUGCCCAGCGCAAAGCUGGCCCUAAUCCGGAAAGAGAUCAGGGCGGUUUUACGCAAAGGCUUCCUAUCCCUACGCAUCCUGGCACGCAUAGUGGGCCCUUUGGCUGCGUCCAUUCAAGCCAUCUUUCCAGCUCCCUUACAUUACCGAGCCCUUCAGAGGUUAAAAAUCCUACACCUGCGCCAGGGCCUUCGUUACGCAGACGAAGUGUCCCUAUCCCCAGAAGCUCGGGCCGAACUGCGCUGGUGGCUCCGUCACGCCACCGACUGGAACGGCCGGACGAUUUUCAACACACGGCCGGAUGUAGUCAUAGAAUCGGACGCGAGCCUACGGGGCUGGGGCGCCCGCUUGGGGUUGAGAUCCACGGGGGGGAUCUGGUCCAGGGAGGAAUCCCUGUUGCAUAUCAACGCUUUGGAACUCUCAGCGGCUCUCUUCGCCAUUCAGAGUUUCUUAGCAACACGGACCAAUUGUUGCGUACUAUUGCGCAUGGACAAUAUCGCGGCGGUUCAAUACAUCAACCGCCUGGGAGGUACCAGAUCCAAGAUUCUAGCGGACAUCUCCGCCGAGAUUUGGCACUUCUGUCUGUCUCGAGACAUCUCUCUUGUAGCAGAAUACAUUCCGGGGGUCUCCAAUACAAUAGCAGACUGGAACUCUCGAUAUCUGGUAGAUUCCAGCGACUGGGGUUUAGACUGUUCGGUCUUCACCCGAAUAGAAUUGCUCUGGGGCCCCUUGGGCAUAGACCUCUUCGCCUCUCGCCUCAACCACCAACUGCCCCGCUUCUUCAGUUGGAGACCGGACCCAGGGUCCUCAGCUGUGGACGCUUUCCGCCACUCUUGGACAGGAGGUACGCAUUAUGCGUUCCCCCCAUUCUCCAUGAUCCCCAGGGUCCUUCUACAGAUUACCAAUCAGGGAGCUACGGUGGUUCUGAUCACACCGUGGUGGCCAGCUCAACCUUGGUUUCCCCUGCUUUUGGACUCGAUCAUCGACCUUCCCAGACUUCUUCCCCGAUUCCCUCGUAUCCUGUCCCACCCAACCAAGGGCAUUCAUCCCCUGGUGGAGGAAGGUUAUUGA